AUGGCUUUGAUAGCGUCUCUGUCUCUGCCACCGCCGACUUUACCCAAACCCGCGCUUUCCAGUUCCCGUCUUGCCGCCAAAUCCCGGAGCUUCCAUUGUCCGUCUUCGUAUCCAUCUUCUUCUUCUUCUUCUUUUUCGUCUUCUUCCGUUUCUAUCUGCACUUCUCCGUUCAGUAGCUGCUUGGAUUUCCGGCGACGGCGGAGAAUCAGCGGAUCGAAAUUCGCGGUGGCGAGCUCGGCGACGCCGUUUAUUGGGAGGGUCGGGUUGCAUUGGAGAGAAGGCAACGUCUCGUUGCUUUCGUUCGGUGGAGACGCCGGUGCUCCGGCGAGGUCGGAUCCGUCUCAGGUUUUGUCCGCGUUGCUUCCUUUCGUCGUCGCCGCCACCGCCAUCGCCGCUCUCUCCUACCCUGCUACUUUCACUUGGGUAUCUAAAGAAUUGUAUGCUCCUGCUCUUGGAGGGAUUAUGUUAUCCAUCGGAAUCCAGCUUUCGAUCCACGAUUUCGCUCUCGCCUUGAAAAGAUCGGUUCCUCUCUCUGUCGGGUUUGUUGCUCAAUACUUCCUCAAACCGCUUCUCGGGGUUUUAGUUGCAAAUGCCUUCGGGAUGUCUCGGACAUUCUACGCGGGCUUUGUGCUCAUGUCUUGUGUCGCGGGAGCUCAGUUGUCUAGCUACGCGAGUUUCCUUGGCAAGGGAGACGUGGCCUUGAGCAUUCUUCUCACCAGCUGUUCUACCAUUGCCUCUGUCUUGUUCACUCCUCUUCUGAGCGGCCUCUUGAUCGGAUCUGUCGUUCCCGUCGAUGCAAUCGCCAUGUCCAAAUCCAUUCUACAGGUUGUGCUUGUUCCAGUCAGUCUUGGCCUCGUGCUAAACACAUACGCCAAGCCCGUGGUCGCUUGGCUACGACCUGUGAUGCCAUUCGUGGCUAUGGUAUGCACUUCAUUGUGCAUCGGUAGCCCACUUGCGAUAAACCAAAGUCGGAUUCUUUCUGCAGAAGGGCUGAGACUGAUUCUCCCGGUGUUGGUAUUUCACGCUGUGGCAUUCGUUUCGGGAUACUGGGUCACAAAGAUUCCUGCCUUAAGGCAAGAGGAAGAAGUUAGCCGGACGAUAUCCCUGUGCACGGGAAUGCAGAGCUCGACACUAGCCGGGCUGCUAGCAACUCAGUUCCUCGGGAGCAGCCAAGCCGUCCCUCCGGCUUGCUCUGUGGUCGCCAUGGCCAUAAUGGGUCUAUGCCUCGCUUCCUUCUGGGGAAACGGCGUCCGAAUCAGAGACCUCCCUUCUCUACUCACACCACAUGAUCAAAGCAAUGGCUCUACGGCCAAGUCAUGAACUAUAUAUACCAACAUCCAAGAGCCAGAGUAUUCAGAGUCUCUUGCUGUUCCCGAUCCGAAAAUUUUGAAACCGAGAGGAGCUAAGCCCGAGCCAUCGUCGGGAAAGCUGAUAUGUCCAGAGGGAGGCAUUGAAGAAGCAAGAAGAGAUUAGAGAAAAUGGUACAGAAAUAACAUAUAGACAUGGUCUGCUCUCCAAGGACAUUGUACAUUAUGCCAUCGUUAUAUACAAAGCACUGCAAGAGGGAGAGAUUGCACAAAAACCCAAUUUGUAUCUCAUUGCCAUCAAUUCAUAUGGCAAUAAAAGUUUCAACCUUUUUUUCCAA